AUGGAGAUAGAGACUGACAUGAAGCAAUCAAAGUUCAAGAGGAUUUGUGUUUUCUGUGGGAGUAGCCAAGGCAAGAAGACUAGCUAUCAAGAUGCUGCUAUUGAGCUUGGCAAAGAAUUGGUCUCAAGGAACAUUGAUUUGGUCUAUGGAGGGGGUAGCAUAGGCCUAAUGGGAUUGGUUUCACAAGCUGUUCAUAAUGGUGGUCGGCAUGUCAUUGGAGUUAUUCCCAAGACGCUCAUGCCUCGAGAGUUAACUGGUGAAACAGUAGGGGAAGUGAAGGCAGUUGCAGAUAUGCAUCAAAGGAAAGCAGAGAUGGCUAGACACUCGGAUGCUUUUAUUGCCUUACCUGGUGGUUAUGGCACUCUGGAGGAGCUACUUGAGGUGAUAACCUGGGCUCAACUUGGCAUUCAUGAUAAACCGGUAGGGUUGCUGAAUGUGGAUGGAUAUUACAAUUCAUUGCUGUCAUUUAUUGACAAAGCUGUGGAAGAAGGCUUCAUUAGUCCAAGCGCACGCCACAUCAUUGUAUCUGCACCAACCGCGAAGGAGUUGGUCAAGAAAUUAGAGGAGUACGUUCCUCGUCAUGAAGGAGUUGCUCCAAAGUUGAGCUGGGAUAUAGAGCAGCUUGGCUAUCCUCAACAGUAUGACAUUUCCAGGUGA